AUGGACUUGAAUCUUCGUGAGACGGUGACAGGAUCUCGUAUGGAGUCUGGCAUGGUCUACGAUGCCACAAUUUCCGAGGGCUACCACGCCUCCAUGCAUCAUCCCAGACUAUGUUUCUCCGGGAUAUUCCUCCCUGGCAUCCAAGGACUGCACAACUACUAUUUCCUCCAAAUGGAAGAUGCUUACCCGCAGAAUGCUGAUCUCUAG